ACAAUCGGUUUGUUUUGUUUUCAUCGAAAUCUUUUGAUUGUUGAUUGGUCAAGUAUUCUAAAAGGAGACAAUUUAAUCGACAAUUUAAUCACUUAUGGCUUUACAAUCUGCUCGUCAGCUUUUGGAUGAGUUGAUGGGUCGAGAACGGAAUCUAAGACCAACAGAGAAAACAAGUGAUGCCAAAGAAGAUUGGACUCAUCCAAGGAUUUGUAAAUUUUUUCUAGUUCACUUUUGUCCCAACCAACUGUUCACCAAUACAAAGGCUGAUAUGGGUCCUUGUCAUAAGAUUCAUGAUGAUUAUAUAAAACAAUGUUAUGAGGAACACGCAACAAGGAAACAGAAAUCAGUUUAUGAAGAUGAAUUUAUUAGAUUUUGUCAGCAAACUUUAGGUGAUGUAGAAAGAAGGAUCAAACGGGCUCGUCAAAGAUUGGCGGCCAGUCAAACGGAGAAGGCUGAAAAUUUAACUUUAGGAGGGAAUUCGAGUUGCCUUAGUGAUGAAAUUCAGGAGAAAAUGCAAGAGAUUAGUGAUAGAAUAGAAAAAUUGUUAACAGAAAUUGAAGAAUUGGGAUGUGAUGGUAAAGUUGAAGAGGCACAAACUCUGAUGACUCAGGUUGAACAAUUGAAAGAAGAUCGAACCGCUUUGAAACGAGGAAAUUUAUCAAUGCAUUGGAUACAAGCGAGAGCAGAAAUGGGCGCAGCUCAAGAAAAACAAAUGGAAGUUUGUGAUAAUUGUGGUGCUUUUCUAAUCGUCAAUGAUGUUCAACAAAGAGUUGAGGAUCACCUGAUGGGUAAACAACACGUUGGUUAUGGUAAACUUAAGGCCGCUCUGGACGAUUUACUUCAGAGGCGUCGAGCUGAUAGGGAUGUAGAUCGUAAAGAGCCAAGAAAAAGUGAAAUUAAAGAUGAAAGCUCAGCCCAUUUGAACGGGGAAGCAUCAGUUGAGACUCGAUCAUCCAGUAGAUCUCGAACUUCAGAUUCAUCGACUCGAAAUGGUUCCAGGAAUCGAAUCAAAUCACAUGAAAGAUCAAGAUCUAGAACAAGAAGUGAUCGUGAUAGUCACCAUAAAGCUAAAGACCAUGAUACCAGGCAUCGUGACGAUCGACACGAUAGAGGACAUUCUGAUAGAAUAAAAGAUCGUCGUCAUCAUGAUAGACAUUCAAGUAGAGAUGAUCGUCGAUCAACAUCAUCAAGACACAAUGAAAGACGACGAAGUCCUAACCAUGUUAAAAGAAACGAAUCAACCAAAGAUAAAGAUCAAUGACUCGAAGUAUUUAGAAUACAAAUCGUUACUAUUCUGAGAUUCUAACAUUUAAAAUUCUAUCAAAAUUAAACUAAACUCAAUUUUCUUCGUGGAACUUAAGUUAAACACUCUAACAAUCAGCCACAUUAAACAACUACGAACAUCUCAUGAAAUCAUCGCCAUUUCUCAUCUAUCAUUUAUUUCGUAUCUUUUUUUUCUUCUUUCGAAUUUUGUAAAAUAUUCUUUCAAAACUAUUCAUUUGAUUCGUUCAAAUAACUGUAACUUACUCUCUGUUGAUCAUCAGUGCAAGAAAAUUCGUUUCUCUUGUAAAAUAAUAAAUGUAAUUACAUUUUAA